AUGGUAGAAGAAAAUCAAAGGAAAUGGCACACAUUGCUGUCUCAGGCGUUGUGGGCCUACCGAAAUAGUAGAAAUACGUCUACUGGAUUUUCCCCAUACCAGUUAACAUUUGGAGUGGCUAGUACAACAACAUGUAUUGAUGAGGCAUAUGCACAAAGGAUGUGGCAACAACUGGAGGAGGUGGACACAGAUCGUUUGAAUGCGUUGGAUCAAGUGGUUAGACAGAGUGAGAUUAGAGCAAAAUAUUAUGGAAAAAGAGUGUCCCCAAGGUUGUUUAUAGAAGGAGAUUUGGUUUGGAAAACAAUUCUGCCUACGUAUAAGAAGGUGGACCAAUUAGGGAAAUGGUCUCCCAAUUGGGAAGGUCCUUUCAUCAUUUAUAAAGUGAUUGAGAAUGGAGCUUUUAUUAUUGUAAAUCAAGAAGGAAAGCUGGUACAUGAGAAUAUUAAUGCUAAGUAUCUGAAAAGGUAUUACCCUGCCUUUUCAGAACAUUGUCAUUAG